AUUCUAGACCAAGAGUGCUAAUAACCUAUUGCAGAAAGCAGAAAAGAAAUUCUAUAUGCUCCUGCAAACAGUACACAAGCAAUUUUGGAGGAUAUUGUGAUUCAGGAGAGAAAAACAAAGUCCACUAACAUAGACAUCACUUUGCUUGCUGAAAGCACUGAGUUCAUUGGGUUAAUGAUUUUGCAAUUGAGACAAGGAGUCCAAGAUGUAUCCAAGACCAAGAGUGCUAAUAACAUAUUGCAGGAAGAGGAGAAGGAAUUCUAUUGCUCUUGCAAGCAGUAUACCAGCAAUUGAGGAAGACGAUGUGAUUCGAGAGAGCAAAACAAAAUCUAUGAACAUAGACAUCACUUUGCCUGCUGAAAGCACUGAGUGUAUGCAGGUUAAUGAUUUUGCAAUUGGGACGAGGAUUCGACAGAUGUAUCCAAGGCCAAGAGCGCUAAUAACAUAUUGCAGGAAGAGGAGAAGGAAUUCUGUUGCUCUUGCAAGCAGUAAACCGGCAAUCGUGGAGGAUGCCGUGAUUCAAGAGAGCAAAACAAAAUACGCUAACAUGGACGUCACUUUGCCUGGUGAAAGCAGUGAGUUUAAUGAGGUUAAUGAUGUUGCCAUUGUUACAAGGAGUCAACAGGUACAUCCAAGACCGAGGGUACUAAUAACCUAUUGCAGAAAGAGGAGAAAGAAUUCCAGCAUUCUUGGAAACAGUUUACCAGCAUUUGUGGAGAAUGUUGGCUACUCUGUUGUGAUUGAAGAGAGCAAAACACAAGUCUCUAACUCAGGCCCAUUGUCUUUAUCAUGCUGCUCUGAAAUCUUGCAUGAAGAAGUCAUAACCAGAGAUGGCACCACGAUGGUGGGAGUGCAGCAGAUUUUCGUGAAUACAGCCGGUGAAAGUUCAUCUGCUGAGCAUCAGAAUGAAAAGAAAAUACUUGCAAUGGAUAAUUCAACAGAAAACAGUAAUAGUUUUGUAUGCGAUACCAUCAAGAAUGUGGCAACUCAUGCGGAAUUUGCUAAAGAUGGUCAUGCAAGGGCUUGCACUUUUGGGUCUACAACCAAUGAACAUUUGGAUGGGGAAAGACAAUCUAUAGCUGAAAGUUAUUCUUCUCCCUCAAGAAUGUGUACUUUCAUAGAUGAGAAGACUGAAAUCACAAAUGUCGAGACCGUCCCUCCAUUGAGUAGAGCACUUAAUGAACGUUCAAAUAAAAAGCUUCUAGUACUUGAUCUGAAUGGACUCCUUGCUGAUAUUGUUCCGCUUCAACAUGUGCUGUAUGGUUUCAAAGUGGACACCAUUGUUUCAGGGAAAGCAGUUUUCAAAAGGCCUUUCCAUGACGAUUUUCUGCAGUUUUGCUUCGAGAAAUUUAAUGUAGGUGUUUGGUCAUCAAGAAUCAGGAAGAAUGUGGAUUUGGUUCUUGAUUUUCUAUUCGGGAAUGCCAAGGAAAAAUUGCUCUUCUGCUGGGAUCAAUCCCACUGCACUGAUACUGGUUUCCCUGUUGUUGGUAAGAAGAGAAACAAGCCUAUUAUUUUGAAGAAGCUUACAAAAUUAUGGGAGAAGUUUGAACCAGAUCUUCCAUGGGAGAGGGGUGAAUAUGAUGAGUCAAACACCCUUUUGUUGGACGAUUCUCCUCACAAGGCCUUGUGUAAUCCACCAAACACAGCAGUAUUUCCAAAUACAUACAUCUACACAGAUGAGAAAGAUGACUCAUUAGGGCCAGAGGGUGAUCUGCGCGUUUAUCUUGAAGGACUGUCCAUGGCCAAUAAUGUUCAGGAGUAUGUAGAGAGUAAUCCAUUUGGUCAACGACCAAUCACUCAAAAGAAUGUAUCUUGGCGUUACUAUUGCAAGGUUAUUGAAGCCGCUACAUGCAAUCCAGAGCAUAGUGCUAACAGAUUCUCAGCUUACCAAUACUGAUGCAACACUUAUUUCUCCAACUAUUUUUUGUCUUACUAAUAGCUGACCCAAUCUUUUGGAUAGCUGUAGCUGGGAUGCCAGUUUGGUUGGCAUUUGAUAUUUUUGCUUUUUGCUGCAAGCAUUACACCCAGGGGGCACAUCAACUGAAAAGCUUUUUUGGUACAGUUAGUGGAUAUAAUAGUAGCUUUCAUCCCUGACCCAAAACUGUAAAGUAUUUCCUACCCAGCUAAAUAUAUUCUACUAGCAAGUAGUAACCAAGGCAAGUUAAUGUUGUAUUACUGUCUAAGAACGAAGAAUUAUGGUUAGUCUGGGGGCUCACAAGUGCACAAUUGUUUUGUUGUAUUUUUUGGACAAAGUUACUUCAUUGCCUCUUUUUCCCAGAUGAAUGAAUAUUACAUUUCUUUUGAGUGCC